AAAUUAUUAUAAAAAACCUAAAUUAAAAAAUACAAAAAAAAAUAAUAAAUACAUAUUUAAAAGGAAUUUCCAAAAUGAAAAUACAACACUUUUUAUUAUCAAUAAUUCUGAUAAGCACUCUUUCUUCCAUUACCGUGAAGGCAGAUAUAGGACUUUUUGAUAGUGCAAGCAAAAUAUUUGUUGAUAAAAUUAAAGAUUUAUUUGAAAAAUACAUGUCUAGUGUAGAUGAAAAUGGAGUUAAUUAAAUGCAAUUAAAGUUCAUUUAGCAAUUCUUAAAAAGUAUAGCUUUAGGGGAAAUAAGGCUUUAUGAUUGGGCAUUACAUCAAAAAGAUUAAGUUAAAAUAAAGGAAAUGAAAGCUGAAGUAGAUGGAUUUAUAGAGGCUAUUUUCUAAGGCAAAUACUCUACUCUCAGUUAACUUAUCUAAGAAAUCAGAAAAGAGAAUCCAUCAGAACUUAAAGGGCGCUUUUCUGAGGACACCUUUAUGAAAGAUAUCUAAGAUCAAGAAAACUAAUAAAUUCUUGUUAAUGCCAUAGUCAAUAAGCUUUUUGAGUAAUAUGGAACAAAAGAAGCUCUCGUUUAAUCUUUUAAAGAUCUUGAUUCUCUCAAGAAAUUUUUAAUAAAGUACAAAAAUGUUAAUGAAAGUGACAUCGAUCUUGCUAUGAAUUAUUUAAAGGAUGUUAAAAAAAUCUAAAAAAGUUUAGAAUUAGUUCUUUAAAAAUUAACUGAUGAAUAAAUGAGAAAUAAGCUUGUAAACAUCUUUAUGAAGAUGGCAAAAUCUCAAGCUUCUGGAUAAGAUAUAUUAGAAAUAUUCUAUACAGAUAGCUAGUUAAGUGAACUCUUAAUUGAUACUGACUGGGAAACUCUUAUCAAGCUUAAGGAUUAAAUUUAUGCUUAUGGAGGAAAAGCUUACUAAGAAUAUUAAAAGAAAAGAGAUCAAGAAGAAAAAAGCAGAUAGGAAAAUAAACAAAAUUAAGACUAAGAUGAAGAUGAUGAAGAAGAAGAGGGAGAAGGAAGUUUGCAGAAUGAUAAAUCUUCAGAUUCAUCAAUGUCACUAGGAAAAAUAAUACUAAUAAUAGCAAGCAUAGCCUUUGUAAUUAGUUUGGUAUUUGUUGGAAUGAGAAAGUAUAGAUAAGCUAAGGCAGGAGAUUCCGGAUUUCAUGAUGAAAGAUAUUAUGUGAACUCAAAUCUUUGAUCAUUAAAUCUUUUAUAAAGAAAUUCAUUAAUUUUUAGAUGAAAUUUAUUAAAUUUUUUUGUUACUGUAAAAAAUUACUUUGUAUAUUCAUUCUCUAUUCUAUUUCGUCAAAAGAGGAUACUUUUAAAUGGAAAGAAUGUAAUCUGAUUCAUU